AUGUUAUGUUUUCAGGUUUGGCACAAAGGGUGCUUCAAAUGUCAAGAAUGCGGGAUGACUCUCAACAUGAGAACAUACAAAGGAUAUGGAAAACUACCUUAUUGCGAGUCACAUGUUCCAAAAGCGAAACAUACGACCAUGGCGGAAACUCCAGAGCUCAGGCGGAUAGCUGAAAACACGAGAUUGCAGAGUAAUGUCAAUUAUCAUGCCGAUUUCGAGAAAAGCAAGGGGAAAUUUACACAGGUAGCGGAUGACCCCGAAACUUUAAGAAUUAAAGCGAAUACGAAGAUUAUAAGUAACGUUGCGUACCACGGUGAAUUGGAAAAGAAGGCCCAGAUGGAGAGGCAGAGGCAGAUUAAUGAAAAUGGCGAAAUUGUUGAUCUCGCAACAAACGAUUAUCAACAUCAAAUCGACUCGUACGCAACGGAGAUGCUUCCAAAUCUACCGCCGAAAAAUCAUUACCAAACGCCAGCACGCCAAGAGUACAAGGAGAUUUACAACUACCCGCAAUAUGAGGAGUUGGCGUCGCAAUCGAAUUAUGGCUCGAAAAUUGGUAGGAUUCAAGAUUAUGACCCGUUGAGCGAUGGGCCGCGGGCGCCGCCCAACACUCAGCGGGCGUCGGCUACUUUGAUUUAUAACAGCUCCAGUGAUAAGAGAGGAACACAGCAAGUCCAACAACAGACCCGCAACAUAGGGCGCGUCACAGAUAUGGAUCCACUCGCGAAUGAGCAUCACCAAUCACAGGUCACGCAUCAGUCACACAGACCAGCUAAUCAUCACAAUCAGCGAGUCUACGUAGCGAUGUAUGACUACGAAGCUAAUGAUAGCGAUGAGGUAUCAUUCCGCGAGGGUGACCUUAUUUCAAAUGUCACGUCCAUAGACGAGGGAUGGAUGACAGGUCAAGUGUUAAGAACUGGCCACACUGGUAUGUUGCCAGCUAACUACGUCGAACUUGCCCCAAAUUACCCCAAUUAA